AAAGAAAUACUCACUAGUAAAGAUGAAUUCUUUGAUGAUCAAAGUGUGUUUUUUUCUGGUCCUUAUUUCCAAUGGUUAUUCAACAAAAUUGGAUUCUUAUCCUCCAACUUGUCAAAGAAUUGAGUGCCCAAAUUAUGAUGUGAUUGAAUCUGGAAAAGACUAUGAAAUUCGUCGUUACAAUUCCCCUAUGUGGAUGUCUACUGAACCAAUCGAUGAUAUAUCAUUUGUUUCCGCCACCAGAACUGGUUUCCUCAGGUUAUUUAUGUAUAUUCAAGGAAAGAAUGAUAAGUAUGAGAAAAUAGAGAUGACAGCACCAGUUAUGACUCAAGUGAAGCCAAGUGAUGGACCAUUAUGUUCUACUUCAUUUGUUGUGAGCUUUAAUGUACCAAAGAAGAAUCAGCCAAAUCCUCCUUCAGCUGAAGGCCUACACCCCCAAAAAUGGAACGAAAGUAGUUAUGCCGCGGUCAGGCAAUUCAGUGGAUUUGUAGUUGAUGCUGAUAUUCCGAAAGAAGCUGCUGCCCUGAGUGCCAGCAUUGCUGGCACUAAAUGGGCAGCAGCCAUCGAAAAAAGCCGGAGUAAAGAUAAUAGUACGCUUUAUACAGUUGCACAAUACAACUCCCCGUUUGAGUUCAGGGGCAGAGUUAAUGAGAUGUGGUUUACUUUUGUUAUGGACAGUGCAAUUGCCAUUUGAGAGGCUAUUGUUCAAGAAUAAAGUUAAUUACUAUCUCAUUUUCUUGUUUUGUAUUAUCAAAAGUAUAGUUGAGAAGUCCUAGUUAUUAUGUAUGACCAGAAUGUUACAUUAUAUAUUGCAAAUAAGAUAGGUUGUAUAAUACAAUCUGAUUCUGAAAA